UUCCAUCGAAAGGACAGCUUGUACGACGUCCAUUCUUGUUGUUCCACACAGCGGAUUGUUUAUUUGCCUUAUUGAAGACGUGAGACUUGAAUGCUUGCUUAUUUUAUUUAUCAUUCGCAACCAUUCAGAGAUGUCGGAGGACUUGGUGAAACAGCUCGGCAGCUACAAAGCUCAGCUACAGCAAGUUGAGGUUGCCUUGUCCACCGACCAAGACAAUGAGGAUCUCCUCAAGCUACAGAAAGACUUGCAGGAAGUCAUAGACUUGACCAAGGACCUCUUGGCCUCGCAGCCCGCGGAAGCUGCCCCCAGUGCCAAUGGCACUGCCCCGACGCCCAUCAGGCACAUCUGGAAAGUGGGAGACAAGUGUUUGUCCGUGUGGAGUCAGGACGGACAGGUGUAUGAGGCCGAGAUCGAGGAGAUAGACCACGAGAACAGCACGGCCGCCGUUACCUUCACCGGCUACGGCAACGCCGAAAUCAUCCCCCUGCAGAACCUCAAAGCGGUGGAGGACCGCAGGCGCCUCGAAGACGACCUCGGCUUGUCCAGGAACAAAUCCAGAAAGGAGCAGAUCGCCGAGCAACGAGAAUACAAAAAGAAGAAGGCCCAGAAGAAGGUGUUGAGGAUGAAGGAACUGGAGCAGGAGCGAGAGGACCAAAAGUCCAAGUGGCAACAGUUCAACAACAAAGCUUACUCAAAGAAUAAGAAAGGACAGGUGAAGCGAAGCAUAUUUGCAUCUCCAGAAAGUGUCAACGGCAAAGUGGGGGUGGGCACAUGCGGCAUCGCCGACAAGCCCAUGACGCAGUACAACGACACGUCCAAAUACAACGUCAGGCAUUUAAUGCCGCAGUGAUCCCCGCCUCUUCUGUAAAUAUGCUGUAUACUGAAUAUAACCGCGUUGUCCAUUUUGUGUGGGUGUAAACAUGAUUGAAAGAGGGAAAAAAAAAGUUGCAGUUACUUGCACACCAUCGAAUUGAAACUGUAUGUUUUUCGGAAUGUUUUGCAGGUAGAAGCUGUUCCAAUUAGAUAGGAAGUCACCCUUCUUUGUAAUCGGGUCGCUUGUUAUGUACAAACAGGAAGUUAGCUGCUCGUGCCCUAAUUCCACCCACAGGUCGCUGUGGGUCACGCUCAACAUUUCUCAGAAUUGGUGUGUCAGUGUCAGGCUGUUUUAUUUUUUUUUUUCUUUCUUUCUUUUUUCACUUGGAGAAGAUCAAGAACGGCGCCGAUGACGUGACUUAGCUUUGCUUUCUCCUUUUAAUUUCUGUAAUUUAUAAAAGUCAAAUAAACAUCCAUUUGUUGAGUUUGAUA